AUGGGGGCCCCCUAUGAGCUUUUGGGGGCCCCCCAUGAGCUUUUGGGGGCCCCCAGGGAGUUCUUGGGGGCCCCCAGGGAGUUCUUGGGGGCCCCCAGGGAGUUCUUGGGGGCCCCCGGGGAGCCUUUGGGGGCCCCCCGGGAGCUUUUGGGGGCCCCCCUGAGGCUGCGCGAAGUAUGGGGGGGCCCCCGGGGGCCCCCCGAAGGGGCCACGGGGGGCCCCCCGCGCAUGCAAAGGCUGAUGCAGCUGCUGCAGCAGCGGCUGCAGUCCCCAGAUGUGUUUGCUGCUGCUGAGGGGGGAGCAGCAGUUGCUGUUGCGUGCGUGCUGGAAGGCUGCCCCACCUGCGGCUGCUGGUGCAGCAGCAGCAGCAGCAGCAGCAGCAGCAGCAGCAGCAGCAGCAGCAGCAGCAGCGAGCAGUGGGACACGGCAGACGGCCGCCACAGCGCUAAACGGCGGCGGCUUAAGGGGCCCCCGGGGGCCCCCCUGAGGGGGCCCCCCAGCGAUGCUGCUGCUGCGGCACUGGAGCCCAGCAGCAGCAGCAGCGAGGCCCCCUUCGCAGCAGCAGCAGCAGCAGCAGCAGCAGCAGCAGCAGCAGCGAGCAGCAGCGGGACCCAAACUAGCGCUUGCUGCAGCAGCAAAAGGAGACACAUUUGCAUAUUUAUAAUUGAUGUUCUCACAAGACUUCCUGUUGCUGCUUGCCGCCUAAAUGGCAGCUUCAACAUGGGGGCCCCCAAGAGGGCUCCAAUGGGGGGCGCCAGGAGGGGCCCCCGGGGGGCCCCCAAGGGGGCCCCCAGGCUCAGGAGGAGCCCCCGGGGGGCCCCCAAGGGGGGCCCCAACGGGGGCCCCAAGGGGGCCCCCCGGGGGGGCCCCAAGGGGGCCCCCACUUGGGACAAUUUUUUGUGUCUUAGAGAUGACUGCACGGAGCUAUACUGGGUACUAGAUCUGCAGCAGCAGCAGCAGCAGCAGCAGCAGCAGCAGCAGCAGCAGCAGCAGCACAGGUGGUGGCAGCCCCGGGAACCUAUAGUGGCUGCAGUGUUCUCGGUGGCUGCUGCUGCUGCAGCUGAGCAGCCUGCUGCAGCAGCAGCAGGCCAGCCUGCUGCAGCAGCAGCAGGCCAGCCUGCUGCAGCAGCAGCAGGCCAGCCUGCUGCAGCAGAAGCGCCCAGCCAGCCCCCCGCAGCAGCAGAAAAAGACCCUUUGGGGCCCCCGGGGCCCCAGGGGCCCCGGGGGCCCCUAGAGAGCUGCGAGCUGCUGCUGCUGCAUGCAGAGGCCCUGAAGUGUGGGGCAGCAGCCCCUGGGGGCCCCACACCGAGCAGCAGCCAGAAGGGGCCCCCACAGGGCAGCGGGGGGCCCCAGUUGUCUCUCGUGUUUCACCAGCCCGACAGCAGCAUCAGCAGCAGCAGCAGCAGCAGCAGCAGCAGCAGCACUUGCUGCUGCAUGCAGCUGCUGCCACCGCUCGCCGAAGUCGCGCCCGAGCCGUACGGCUUAGCAGCAGCAGUGCAGCUAAAGGGGCAGCAGCCGAGGCUCCUCUGUGGCAGAACAACACUGCAGCAGCAGCAGCAGCAGCAGCAGCAGCAGGGGCAGCAGCAGCAGCAGCAGGGGAAGGAGCUGAGCCAGCCGCGCGACGUUCUUUCACGGCCUGCCAAUUUAGUCGAAGGGCAGCAGCAGGGGCAGCAGCAAGAGCAGGUGCAGCAGCAGGGGCAGCAGCAAGAGCAGGGGCAGCAGCAGCAACAGCAGCAGCAGCAGCAGCAGCAGCAGCAGCAGGAGAAGCAGCUGCAGCAGGGGCCCGUCUCUGCUGCUUUGUGCAUCUCCAUCCGCCCCGCAGCAGCUGCUGCUGCUGCUGGGCUGCAGCAGCUGUGGGGUUGCGGCCUUCGCUUUCUGUCGUGGCCUCCCUUAGGCGCUGCUGCUGCUGCUGCUGCUGCUGCUGGAAUUGCUGCUGUUGCUGAGGAUCCAGCAAGCCUGCUGCUGAGACGCAGCACGGCAGCAAACAUUGAAGCCGCUGCUGCUGCAGAUCGCAUUGCUGCUGCGUGCUGCAGCGGUGCUGCUGCGUUGCAGCAGCAGCAGCAGCAGCAGCAACAGCAGCAGCAGCAGCAGCAGCAGCAGCAGUCGAGCGACGCGGCUACCGCCGCAUCCAAGCCCGCAGCAGAAAGUGCCCCAUCAGCUGUGUCCCCAGCAGCUGCAGCGACCAGCAGCAGCAGCAGCAGCAGCAGCAGCAGCAGCAGCAGCAGCAGCAGCAGCAGCUUCGCCAGUGCGGCCGAGACCCGAGCCUUGCUGCUGCGGGGGGCCCUUCCUCUGGCCCGGCCUGCUGCUUCCUCGCUGCGGCUGCUGCUGGGGCAGCAGCUUUCGCUGCUGCAGCUGCGGGGGUACUACAGGCGGCUGCUGCAGCACCUGCCGCAGACUGACAGGCCGCUGCUGCUGCGCCCGGAGCCGCCAGCAGCAGCAGCAGCAGCAGCAGCAGCAACAGCAGCAGAGGCCGCCCCGUGCUCCCCAGGUUGCUGCCAAAUGCAUGCAGCGCAGCAGGGGUUCAUUGUUGUGACGCACACGCAUGACGAUCGGCUGCUGCUGCAGCGCCUCAGCAGCAGCAGCAGCAGCAGCAGCAGCAGCAGCAGCAGCAGCAGCAGCAGCGGCAGCAGCAGCAGCAGCAGCAGCAGCGGGGUCGUGUGCAGUGUUGAUUUUAGGACGGCCGCUGUGGCGAAGCUGCCUGCUGCUGCUGCUGCAGCGCUGGGGGCCCCCUUCAGAGGGGCCCCCAGGGGGCCCCCAGCUGGGGGGCCCCCGGGGGCCCCCAGUACCCUCUUGGCUGUGCACUGCGACGGCCACGGGCUCCAUGUGCUGCUGCAGUUGCAUGGGGGCGGUUUGGGGCUUGCGUGGCUGGCUUACCGGCAGCAGCAGCAGCAGCAGCAGCGCCCGAGGGGGAAGCAGCAGCAGCAGCAGCAGCAGCAGCAGCAGCAGCAGCAGCAGCAGCAGCAGCAACUGUACUGCUGGAGUGCACAGGCAGCGCUGCGGCUCACAGGGUCUCCGCCGCUUCGCUUUGCUGCUUUUGGCCGAGAGGCCUGCGGCACCAAACUCGUGGCCUGGGCGCCAUCUGAGGGCGGCCCCGUGCUGCUGCUGGAUUGGUUUCGGCUUCUUUUUCCUGCUCUGCCGGAGCUGGAGCAGCAGGCAGCAACCGCAACAGCAGCAGCAGCAGCAGCAGCAGCAGCAACAGCAGCAGCAGACCCUUUAAACCCUCUUCUGAGUGUCGUUCGGCUGGCCCCCCAGCAUGCUCUCCAGCGCGUAAGAAGCAAAUGCUAG